AUGAAUUCUUUUCAUAAUAUUUUUAAUAUUAAUUAUAAAAAUGAAAUCAAUGAAUAUAAAAAAAGAAAUAUAACAAAAAUUGUUCCUACAUACUCUUUAAAAAAUAUUAAAGUAUCGAAGGAAUAUAGUAAUUUAAAAAAUAGUUUAAAUAAUAAUAUUAAUGAUAUCAAUGAAGAAAAUAUAAAAAAUUUCAAAGAAAAUAAAAGUGUAUCAAUAAUAAAUGAUGUUACUAAUUGUAUUGAUACUUCUAAUAAAUAUUCAUCUACACAUGCAUACAAGACUAAUUUGAAUUAUGCUUCAAUAAAAAAAAAUACGUAUAGCAAUGAUUUAAGAAAAAUAAAUAAUUCAUAUAGUGGAUCUACUUAUUGUAAGAAUAAUUAUUAUAAAAGUAAUAUAGAAAAAGUAAAAUUGAGAAAUACUAAUGAAAAUGAAAAAAAAUUUUUAAAAAAAAAACAAAUUAUUUCAAAAGAUUAUUUAACUAAAUUUCAUAAUAAUAUAAAAUCCAAAAUUGAAAAUGAUAAUUUAUUAUAUUUAAAUAAAAUAAAUAACAUAUUAUAUCGAAAUAAUGACGAAAGUAAAAUAGACAAUAAUAUUUUUAAUUUUGCUGAAUCUCCUUCUAUUAGAUCUAGUAGAAUGUCUAAAAAUUUAAAUAAUUACAAGACUAUAGGCAAAAUAAAAAUGGAGAAGUCAUUAAUCGAUGUUCGCAAAGAAAAUAAAAAAGUAAAUUCAAUUAGUGAAGUAAAUUUAAACAUGCCGAUAAAUAAAAAGGAGGAAAAUAAAAGUAUAAAAAUCCCGUUAAUUAAUUCAAGAAAUUAUGAUCAAUCUAUUAAUUUUAAUAGUAAUAAUAAUAUUGUAAAUAAAAUAAAACAUCCUUACCAUUUCUCGAAUAAUGUAAUAGUCACAAAUAAUAUAUAUCAAAAUGAACAUGUUUUACAUAGAAAAUCUGAUAAAUCUUCUAAAAAUGAAAAUAAAAACUUUCUAAUAGGAAUUAGUUCGCAUAUGAUUUUUAAUGAUAACAAUUUGGAUAAUUUAAAAAUUUCAGAAAAAAAAUGUAACUCCAUAACUUAUUUUAAUAAAAAUGAUAUCAAAGAAAAAAACAUAAAAACAAAUUCGUCAAAAAUUGAUAAUGGUAUAAAUUUACUUCAAACCAGAAUAAAAAGUCAUGAAUUUGUAAAUUAUACAAACAUAUACAAGCCUCCUGAUAUAUAUUUGAAAGAUAGUAUUAAAUCAGAACCAUAUAUAGAAAAACCAAUGAACGUUAAUCAUAUUGAAUAUGUCAGUAAUUAUAGUGAUAUUAAUUUGCUGCAAAAUAAUAAAUAUUUAACUAAUUCAAUAAAAAAUGAUAUAAUAAACAAUAUCAGUGUUAAUCAUUACUAUAAGAAUGUUGGAGAUAAUUAUUUUAGUUACAAGUGUAAGGAAGAUGAUCAUUGUAAUAAUGAAAAUAACGUUUGUAAUAAUAAUUUUAAUAAAAUUUCAUAUAAUGAAGAAAAAAGUGAAAAAAAAAGAUACUGCGAUUCUUUUAAAAAAUAUGAUACAAAAAAUUCAAACAAUAUUUAUGAAAAAGCAAAUAUGAGAGUAAUAAGUAAGAGCAAUAGUGACAAUCAUAUUAUAAAAAUAAUAAGUAAAGGAGAAAUUAUUAAUAAAUAUAAUAAUAUAUCAUUAUAUAGAUUUAAUGAAGGAGAUAAAAAAAAAAAAAAUAGUUAUUCGAAUUGCUUAGUAGAAGGAUGUGAAAAUAAAAAUAAUAAAGAAAUUAAUGAAGGUAAACCAUGUUAUGGGAUUUUAUUAGAUAAAAGAACAAAAGAAAUAAAAUGUGAUAUAUUAAAUCAAAAUAAGUAUUUUAAUGAAGCUGAUGGAAAAGAAGAAAAUUGCAAAUUAAUGAAAAAUAAAGAAGAUAUUGGAAAUGUUGUACAUAAGCAAAGUUAUAUAGAAAAUGGAAAACUUAUUAAAAAAUUAAGAAAAGGUGGCUAUUUAGCAUCUAAUAAUAUGCAUGAUUUAAAAAAUGAAAGUAAUUAUUCUAAUACUAUUAAUCAUUUUGAACUAAAUAAAGGAACACAUGAUAUUCAAAGUUGCAAUAAUACCAACAAAAUUGCUGAAAUGCAAAUUUUAAACAAUACAAAAAAUAAAUAUCAUAGUUAUAAUGUUAAUAUAUGUAAUAAUAAUAUUAAUUAUUAUAAUCAUAAUAAUGAUGAAUAUAAUACUGAUAAAAUUUAUUUUAAUGAAAUUAAGAAAAUUACCAAAGACAAUAAUAAUUUUUUUUUAGGAAAAAGUGAUUCUAGGAUCUAUGAUAACAUUAUUAAUAAUAAUGAUUCGUAUGAAAAAAAAUAUGAUAAAGGAGUUGUAAACUAUGAUUAUAUUAAUAAGAUAAAUAAUAAAUAUAAUAAAAAUUAUAUAAAAGAAUAUAGUAGUGAUAAAAUAUCUGCAAUAGAUUUAUAUGACAAUAGUAAAAAUAAUGAAGAAGAUAUUAUGUUAAAUAAUAUUUCUAAAAACAUAAGUAAAAAUAAAAGUACAAAUGAUGUAAUUCAGAUAAAUAAUGCAAUUAAUUAUGAAGACUAUGAAAAGGAACACAUAAUAAAUAAUUCCAAAAAUGACUAUAAAAAAAGUAUGAAAAAUAUCUAUUUAACGAAUCAUAAUAAAAAUAAUUUCAUAAUUUUAGGUAUCAACAAUGAUUUAAAAAAGAUUGACGAUAUUGACUUUUAUAAUAAAAGAAAUAAGGGACAUUUCUAUAAUAAAGAUAAAGAGGAUUAUGAUUCAAUAAAAUCUACGAAGAGACAAAUUUCUCGAAAUGUGAAGUAUGAAGAAUAUUUUAAAGAAAAUUCAUAUACAAAACCAUAUGUUCAUUACAAACAGAAUUUGGACAAUUUUGUAAACACUCAUAAAACUUUAAGCCAUGAGAAUAAACAAGAGGAAGAAGAAAAACAAGAAAAGAAUAAUAAUAAUAUGCAAGAAAAUGAAAAAAAUGAAAAGAAAACAAAUAUUUAUCUAAAUGAUGUAUUGAGUAAUAAUAUAAAUACCUUUAUAGAGAAAAAAAAAAAUACUCUCAUAAAAUCUACUGAAAAAAAAAAAUGUACUGAGAUACUAGAAAAAAAUAAUUUAAAUGAGCAAAAAUUAGCCAUAAAAAAGGAAGAAACAUUUAUAGAAGGAAAAAAAAAAAAUUGCCUAGGCACUUUAUUAAAAGAUAAUGAGUGCAUGAUGAAUAAAAAAGAAAAUGAAAUAAAAAAUAAAAUAGAUAAUGAUGUUCAUUUUACAAACAAAGGAAAAUCAAAUGAAUCUUUUUAUAUGUGCAAUAAAAAAAUAAACGAUAUGCAUAAUAUAAAAAAAUAUUCUAAUGAAGAAAUUACGGAAAAUAACGAUCAAAGGAAUAUUUUUUUAUCUAAUCCAAAUUAUAAUAUAAAAAAUUCAAAAAAUAAUAUAAAUGAUAGUAACGAUAAUAUUAAAAGUAGUGACAAUGAUCAAUUUUUAACAAAAACGAAUAGCAAAACAAUUAAAUGUAAAAAGAAAUUAAAUUCAAGCAAUAUAUCAGGUAAUGAAAAAAAAAAAAAUGCUUGUAAAUCUGUAUCAAAUGGAAACUUUACUGAUAUUGAAUAUGGGAUUGCAUAUACUAAGUCUUUGACGGAUUCCUACAUCUAUCAUUUAAGUAACCUUAACAAAAUAGCAAAACAAAGAAACAAAAAAAGUAAAUUAAAAGAUUAUAGAAUGCAUUCUAAAAUUAAUGAAAAAGAUAUUUUAUGUUUAGGAAAAAAUGAAAACAGUGAUUUAAAGAAAAUAUGUGCAAUAAAAAAAAGUAAUAAAACAGAUAAACAUAAUAGGAAAGAAAAUACAAAAACAUAUUUUAAUGAUAAUAAAAAUAUAAGUGCAGAUAAUUCAAGUAAAAUAAAAGGAAAACGUAGUAAAUCAUUAACAUUAAAUGAAAUUUGUAAAAACUCAUUUAAUAAUGAAUUAAUUAUGUUAAGUUCUAAAAGAACGAAAAAUAUCAAUAAGUGUAAUUUAAAUAUAAAAAACGAUAUAUUUUUGAAAGAAAUAGUUUUUGAAGAUAAUAACAAUAAAAUUAAUAAUAACUUUGAAAAUAAACAUAGGAUUCAAAAUAAUAAAUGUUCUGAUGAAACUACAGUAAAAAAUAAAGAGAGUGAUAUUUGUUCAACUGAAAAGAAUAGUAAUAACGAACAUAAUUUAUUAUCAGUAUCUAAAUUGGGAGAUACAUGUAAUGAUUCCAUUAAUGAUAAUAAAAAUAAUGUGAGAAUUAAUGUUAUAAAUACUAAUUUUGACAAUAUUAAAAACAUUACAGAAAAUGAUAAAGCGUAUAUUCAUAAUUGUAAUGAUCAAAGUUCUUUAUUACCUGAUAAUGAAAUAAUAGGUGACUUCUCUUCUAAAAGAGAUGAUAAAAAAAUAAAAAAAGUUAUGCUCCCAUGGAAUAAUGAUAAUAUAGUUAAGUUAAAUACAAUGAAUACAUCAAAAAAAAAAAAAAAUAUAACAGUAAAUACUAAAUUAGCUAGAUACGAAAGAGUACUAAUACAUACAUGUAUAAAUAAAUUAAACUGGAAAAAAUGCAAUGAUAAUAUAAAUAAAGGAAUUUUUUAUUGGAUAGGUUAUAAUAUUAAUGAUUCUGAUCAUUAUAAUUAUAUGAAAAAAAAAAAAAUUAUAAAUAGAAUACCUUCUAUAUACAUGUAUACCAAAAAAAAAGCAUUAACAUUUUUGCUGUCUCAUUUAUCUCUUAUUUAUCCUUCUUUAUAUGAUUUUUACCCCAAUACAUUUGUAUUACCUGAAAAUAAAAAUGUCAUUAAAUAUAUUUUGAAUAGCAAUAACAAAGAUUAUUAUAUAAUGAAACCUGAUAGUGGUAGUAUGGGAAUUGGAGUAAAGUUAAUUCAUAAGUAUAGUGAUAUUAAUAUAAAUAUAUUAAAUGGAUAUAAUUGUUAUAUAAUACAAAAAUAUAUUGAUAAUCCUUUAUUAAUGUAUAAAAAGAAAUUUGAUUUUCGUAUAUAUAUUUUACUAUUACCUGGAAAAAAUUAUCCCAAAAUCUAUUUAUCUAAAAUUGGUUUUGCAAGAUUAUGUACUGAGGAAUAUAAAAAAAAGAAAAGAUAUAUUUGUAAUACAUAUGUUCACUUAACUAAUUAUAGUAUUAAUAAAGAUAAUGAGAAGUAUAUAAGAAAAAAGAACAUACACGAUAAAAAUAACAAUAAACAAUUGUUAAGUGAUGUUUUCAUUUAUUUAAAAAAUAAUGGUUAUGAUAUAGAUGAUAUAUGGAAACAAAUAAAAAAGAUUAGCUGUUUAACUUCUCUGGCAAUAUAUUCUUAUAUUAAAUCUAAAAUUAAAUAUAAUUUUAAAAAUAAUUUUUAUUUUUAUCAAUUAGUUGGCCUAGAUAUACUAUUGGAUCAGACAGGGAAAGCAUGGCUAUUAGAAGUUAAUUCUAAUCCUUCAUUAAGAAUAGAUUACUUAGAUCCUAAUUAUACUUAUUUUGAAAUACAGUUAGAAAGUAUGUUUGAUAGAUAUGUAAAAGAACCCGUAAUUAGUGAAAUGUUUUUAAUAGUUUAUAAAAAAAUAUAUAAAAAAUAUUUUAAAAAAAAGAAUAAAAAGAUCAUAUGCAUUAAUAACAAGAACGAAAAAUCAGAGAAACAUAGUAUUAUAUGUGAUAAUAAAAUAAAGCCAUCAAAAAUUGCCUUACAAAAUAAACCUUUAAAGUGUUCAUUUAUUACAAAUAAUGCAAAACUAAAAAAUUUUAUUGAAAAUAAAAAAUAUCCCGAUGAUGAAAGUAGUUUUACAAAUAGCAAAAAUUCUUAUUCUUAUGUAGGUGGUAACAAAAUAUCUAAAACAAAAUCUUACGUUUUAAACAAAAAUUUCAAUAAAAAUAAAAUUUAUACAAAUAAUACAAAAAGUGAUAUAAAAAAAAAGUUUUCAUCUUUGUUAUAUAACAGUGGUAGUGAUUCAAUAAAUAAUUGUAGGAAUAAUUCUUUGACUAACAGCAUGGUUAAUAACGUUAGAAUUAACAACAUGACAAGACAAAAAAAUAAAAUAAAAAGAAGUUUAUUUCUAAAAAAAGAAAAUAUGAGUAAUAUUGAUACUUGCGUUGAUGAAAAUGAUAUUGAUAGUUUCAGUUCAUCCAAUAAUAUUGAUAUUGAUGAAGAAGAAAAGGAUAAUUUAUUAAAUUUAGAUAAAAGUGAAGUUAAUGAACAUAUUAUCAACAAAUCACAUAAUAUGAAUAAGGAAAAUUAUGAAAAAAAUAUUUUUUCUAAUAUAAAAUAUAAUAAUUCUUUAAAUGAGCCAUUAAACAUUUUGAAGAAGAGAGAGAAAAUAAGACAACAAACACAAGAACAAAAUGAAGAUGAAGUAAUUACAAAUAAAAAUUUACUGAAAUUUAAUAAUAUUAGUAAAAAAAAAAAAAAAAAAAAUUGUCUCAUACAUAUUGACAGUUCUCAUGAUAAUAUAGUUAAUAAUAACUCAAAAAAAAAUGUUAGAAGUUGUAGUAAUAGUGAUUAUUCCUAUGAUAGCUAUAAUAGCAGUGUUAAUUUCGUUGGAAAUAAUUUUAUAAAUUGUUUUGAUGAUAAUUAUGAUAAUUCGAUUGGUGAUAGAGAUAAGAAUGUAUCUUUAAAUUUUCCUAGUUUAGGUACACAUUUAAACAAUAUAGAUAAUAAGGAAAUAGUUAAUUCUGAAUCAAAUAUAUAUAAUAAUCACCCUCAUAAAAGUAAGGAUAUGUUAAUAGAAUCAAAUAUGUUAAAUAAUGAAACUUAUGUUCAGAUUGGAAAUCAAGAGGAUAUUCAGUUUGAUAAAUUUUUAAAUGAUGAUAUAGAAACAUAUAAAUCGAUUUAUAGAAAUAUUAGUGAUAGUGCUUAUAAAAAAAAAAUUGAAAAUUUAAUUACGAUAAGAAGCAAUCUAUAUAAAUAUAUGAAUUGCUUAAAUGUUCUUGGUAUUAGGUAUAUUAAUAAAGAUAUAGGUAAUUUUGAUGAUUUAUACAAUAAAAAUAUUUCUUUUGAUUUAAAAAAAACAUAUACGAAAAUUAGAAAAGAUAUUUUACAUCCAUUAAAAAAUAAUGCGUUAGAAAAAAAUGUGUAUAUAAGUUUAAAAAAAGAAACGAGUAAAUUUUAUGAUGAAAUGAAAAUAUAUAAUAAUUGUUACUUUUUGUUUGAUUUUAUCAUAAAAAAGUAUGACAACAAUUUAAAAAAGAAAAGUAAUAAGUUUGAAUAUUAUAUAGAUAAAAACACUUUUUUAUGCAUGUGUAAGGAUAUAAAAAUGAAUAAAAUAAUUGAAAAUAUAGAUAUACCUACUACUACAUGCAAUAAAUUCUUUGAAAUAAAUAAAAAUUCACAUGAAAACCACAUGUAUCAGAUCAUUAAGGAAGCUUUAAAGAAUAAGAAUCAAUACAAAAAAGAAAGAAAUAAAAUAUACGAUGAAAAUUAUUCAAAUAACUCUAAUUUUUUAAAUAACAGCGAGUUAUCAAAUAACAAUCUUUCUGAUGAAACUAAUUGUAAUGAUAGAAAGAGGAAAAAAGGAGGAAAAAAAUUUUCUCUACCUCAUAAUAAACAUUUAAAAAAUGUAGAUUUAUUAAAAAAAAAUCAAAAUAAAAAUGAGAACAGCAAAAAUAAUCAUUUAUUAAAUAAAAAUAUAUACAGUAACAAUUCAUACUAUUCAACAGUAUUUUGUCCUUUUUCUUUGGUUUCAACUUCUAAUAAUUUAGUUAAUUUUAAUUCUAUUGGAAUAAAUAACAUGAAAUAUAAAAGCAAAAGGAAAAAAAAAAUGAAUGUGUAUGAUUUAGAAUAUUUAUUUACUAGACAAGUAUCUUUUAGUAAAUAUAUUAACAAAAACCAAGGAUUAACUCUUAUUGACUUUUUUUUAUUAAUGCAGCAAUUAGCAUUAUUAAUUUUUCCAUAUAUAAGUUAUUUAAGUACUUAUAAUUCUAUAUACCCAUAUAAUAGCACAAUUUUUGAAGAAUUAAGCAAUCAAGAAAAUAAUAUAUUUGCAACUACUUUUAAUGAUAAGGAAAUGAGUAAUUUAAAAAAAAAUGUGAAAAAUAUAAAAAAAAUAGAGAAAAAUCAAGAUAAUGAUCUUAAAGGAAAAAAAGAAAAUAAAUGUAAUAUGGAUAAAUCAACAAUAGAUAUAAAAGAGGUUCAAGAGAAGAAAAAAUGUGAAUUAAAUACUCGUUUUAAUUCAGAAGAGAUAAGAAAAAUGGAUUGUAACAAUACAACUAAUAAACAAGAAGAAAAAAAAAAAGAUAAUUAUAUAUGGCAUAAAAGCAUUUGUAAUAACAUUUACAAUUUAUAUGAAUAUAUUCAAAUUGGCGUUAAUCCUACUGUUAAAAAUGUUUGCUUAGAGACUUUUUUAACUUAUAUUUUUAUAAAAUAUGGAAUAUCAUAUUUUUCAUAA